AUGGGCUACACGGUUCCGGAUUCGCCUGGGUUUCGAAACAAGACGGGCAAGGUUUUGGUGAUUAAAUUCAAUGGUUCCGAGAUUGGUGAGUUUACAAUUUUGGACCUUGAUUCUUGCGAGUGAAACAUACCACUAUUUUGAUCUUCCAUUCUGUAAACCAGUGGAAGCAAUUUCAUUGGGUACUUCAACUUUAUGGGUGACACAUGGUAAAACAUUUGAGACAUGGAUUUGUCUGCUUGCUCAUUUGCUUUGUGGCUAUUGCACAGAUGUAAUUCUAAGAUUAUGCCAGGAGAUUGUGUUUUUGAAAGUUGAAGUUGCAGAGCUUCUAUUACCAAGUAUUUUUGUAAAUCUAGUCGGGAGGAGAGACUUAGAUAUUGAUCUUCAACAAUUUAUAUCCUUGUACGUUUUUUUUCUUCUUUCUCUUUUUUCAUUAGUUUAUUUUUUGUUUUCUGUCAUUUCAUGUAUUGAAACUAUAAUAAUGCUGAAUGAUUGUCGUAAUUUUUUAUUUUUUAAAAAUAAAUGACCUUUGUAUGAAAUUAAAUAAAGGAAACAGAUAACUCUAAGCAACUUAUUCUAGUUUUGAUUUCUAGGAAACAAAAUAAUUAUUAAAACAAGUUUAUCAGAGUCAACAAUCUAUAUAAAAUCUCAUUUUCAUGAUAUGUUUAU